CUUUUUGCUUUGAAGUUUGUGGGUGAAGUUUCAUUUGUAACGUUUUAUUUAAAGGAGUUAUUUUUUAAGCCAACUUUUAUUAUCAAAAAACACAAUUAAAAACACACACAAAAAAAGUACAAUAAAAAAAGACUAAUUCUGAUCAUUAAUUUGUUAUUAAAAUUUUUAAAUUCUUUAUGUAUAUAGCUGCUUGACUUUUUUAAAGACACAAUUUGUUAAUGGUGAAAACAUUGGAAAUCAGAUCAAAUAAAAAGUUAAAUAACAUGAGGAUUUUAUGCAUGCAACAGAAACCAUGGGAAACAUUUUACGGAGUUGUGUUGGCUGGAAUUUAUGUACUCUGACAAUGCGGGGAAUGCUGAUUUUAUUUUCUAGAAGACGUUAUCUCAUUCGUUCAAAAUUAAAGUCUGAUCCUUUAUGGUUUUUAUUUCACAUGUGUCUUUUUUUCUGCUUAAGUUUGCUGCUUUAAAUUGAUGGUAUCUUGAUUAUUGUUGCAUUUUCUAAACAUUGCUUUAACACCCAAAACAUUUCAUUAACACCCAAACAUUUCUUUUACACCCAAAACAUAUGUGAUGUGGACAACGCUGCGGUAAACCAGUUGUAAAUUGAUAUUGCAAGAAGAUAUUUAUCUAAAUAUAAAGGAAUCAAUGGUUUUUUUAAAGUCACUUUUAAAAACUCGCUUCGUUUACUUUUCUAAACUGCUGCUAUUUUCUACACAAUUAGCAUAAUUGAGUUUAAAUUCAUUUCAAUAACACAACAGUAAUCGUUGUACUGCAUUUACUUGUUACUUACUCCAGCUGCUUGUUUUGAUUUUAUUCAAAUGCUGUCGUAUUAAAACCUAAACCAAAAUGCUGAACACUUCCGACAUUAUGUCGACAAAUAUAUCUUCAAUAAAAAAUAUAACUUCAGUAACUCAUUUAUCUUAUGUUUUGGUCAUCAGUUGUCCUGCCUGUAUAUUUUUACAUAUUGUUGGACUUUACAUGAUUACCCAGAAUAAAAUCUUUGGAAUGCAUAAAAUUGAUCGACUUAUUAUAAUAAAUUUAUCUGUUGCUGAAAUAUUUUUAAGUGGCAUUUUUCUUUUAUUUGCAAUAUUGAACUUUGCUGAAAAAGAAAUAGAAAUAUGGAUUCGAGUAUUAAUAAAAUUUUUUAUAUUUGCUUAUUAUAUAACAAUUUUCCUUUUGACUUUAAAUCGAUUUUUUAUACUUUAUUUAGAUGUUAAGUACGAAUCAGUGAUUACAAAAAAAAAAGCAAAAAUUAUUUUAUUUUUUUCUUGGAUAUGCAGUUUAGCGUUUGCUUAUUUUACUUUGAAACCGAGUAAAAAUAUAGCUUAUGUUCAUCUUUCACUUGAUGUGGGUGUGUCAACAUUAUAUAUAUUUGUUUACGCCUAUGUAAUAAACUUAUCGUAUAAAAUGUCAAAAAAAAAAUCACUUUUACAGAAACGAAAGUCGCUACUUCAGACAUUAGUAUUACCAGCUUUAUAUGUUUCAACCUACAUACUUUUUACUGCGAUACCUCAUUUUAUAUAUGCACCUUAUUAUAUAUUAGACAAAACUAUAAAUAAACAUCUUGAGCUAGUUUUGGAUAUUUUUUCUUCGUUAUCUUAUUGGAAUGAUGCUGUUAUAUACAUUUACACAAAAAAAAUUAAAAGGUUUUUAACUCAAAAAAGGUAUAAAUAUCAAUGUAAAGAAAUGCUUAAAUUGAGACGGAAACAAGUUGAUAAUUCAGAGAGGAUAGAUACGGAGACGUCACGUAGAGAAACUUCUGAGGCAAUUUUUUUCUUUUAAAAAGACAAACGUUUUGAUACAUAUUACAAAUUUGUAUUGAUUAAAAAAUUUUAUGAAAAUAUUUUACUUACUUUUAAAAAAAUGUAUUAGAAAAUAUUAUAAAGG